UGUUGGUGAGGAGCGACAAAAGCAAUGAGGGGAAUGGAAGAUAUUUUGAAGAAAUGAAUCGAAACAGAUUUUGGGGAUGGAAUGAAGAUUAUGAGACGCUUCUACAUUUUUCGGAAUCGUUUGAUGGAAUGGCGAAUGACAGUGAAACAAAUUGGAAGUUUGCAGAAUCGCAAAUGAAUGAGACAAAAA